UCCUUAGGUCAAUAUUUAUGUGUCCUGGAUGUAGAGAGGCCCCUGGACUCACCACUGUCCCGACUAAACUCUCCCUGUCCCGCCUUCCCCACCGCCCGCCCCACUGGCCAGUCCCCACGCCCACACACCCGAGGCCGCCUCAUCUGGCACUGAUUAUCCCGGCUGCCGCCGCCGCUGCUAAACUCAGCUGCCGCCUCGAGGACCCCAGCGCCUCUCCCCCCGGCCAUGCUGCCUGCUGCCACAGCCUCCCUCUUGGGGGUCCUCACUGCCUGGGCCCUGCUACCUUUCGCCCAGGGCCAGACCCCCAACUAUACCAGACCCGUGUUCCUGUGUGGAGGGGAUGUGACCGGGGAGUCAGGUUACGUGGCAAGUGAGGGUUUCCCCAACCUCUACCCCCCCAAUAAGGAGUGCAUCUGGACAAUAACGGUCCCUGAGGGCCAGACUGUGUCCCUUUCCUUCCGCGUCUUCGACUUGGAGCAGCACUCGGCCUGCCGUUAUGAUGCCCUGGAGGUCUUUGCCGGGUCUGGAACCUCGGGCCAGCGGCUUGGACGCUUCUGCGGGACCUUCCGGCCUGCACCCUUAGUCGCCCCCGGCAACCAGGUGACCCUGAGAAUGACGGCGGACGAGGGCACGGGAGGACGAGGCUUCCUGCUCUGGUACAGCGGGAGGGCCACCUCAGGCACUGGCCCCCCCCCAGGCGCGAGGCGGAAAUGGGUCACCGACCCGCGGGUGGAAUGGGCGGCCUGGGGUUACUGGGACGAGCACCAAUUUUGCGGGGGGCGGCUGGAGAAGGCCCAGGGAACCCUGACCACGCCCAACUGGCCCGAGUCCGAUUACCCCCCGGGCAUCAGCUGUUCCUGGCACAUCAUCGCGCCCCCGGACCAGGUGAUCUCGCUGACCUUCGGGAAGUUUGACCUGGAGCCCGACACCUACUGCCGCUACGACUCGGUCAGCGUGUUCAACGGAGCCGUGAGCGAUGACGCCAAAAGGCUGGGGAAGUUCUGCGGCGACACGGCCCCGGGUCCCAUCUCCUCCGAAGGGAACGAGCUCCUCGUCCAGUUCGUCUCUGACCUCAGUGUCACGGCGGAUGGCUUCUCCGCCUCCUACAAGACCCUGCCGCGAGGUGCUGAAGGGCGGGCCCAGAGCCCAGGGGAGGAUGCCCGGUCGGGUACCGCGCUCCCCAAGCCCGGACUCCCAUCUGCGGAAAAACCAAAGGCCUCCUCUGAGGCCCAGGCAACUCCGGGGGCCCCAAACAUGCCCGCUGUGUCCUGCCCAAAGCAAUGCCGCCGGACAGGCACCUUGCAGAACAACUUCUGUUCCAGCAGCCUGGUGGUGACCGCAACAGUGAAGUCCAUGGUUCGGGGCCCAGGAGAGGGCCUCACUGUCACUGUCAGUCUCAUUGGUGCUUAUAAAACCGGAGGCCUGGACCUGCCCUCUCCACUCACUGACACCCUCCUGAAGUUUUAUGUGCCCUGCAAGCAGUGCCCCCCCAUGAAGAAAGGAGCCAGUUAUCUGAUGAUGGGCCAGGUGGAAGAGAACAGAGGUCCUGUCCUUCCUGCAGAGAGCUUUGUGGUUCUCUACCGGUCCAACCAGGACCAGAUCCUCACCAACCUCAGCAAGAGGAAGUGCCCCUCCCAGCCUGUUCGGGCUGCUGGGUCCCAGGCCUGAAACCCAGGCUACCUUCCCAGCCCAGAGCCCUAGAGACUCCUUUCUUAUCCAAAUAAAUGUUUCUUGACUGAG